GGAACUUUGUUGUGGCGGUGAGGAACAGGAAGCCCGAAGGGUCAAAAGAAAUUCUAAAGCAAAGGCUUAUCUUCUUUUCUUUCCCCCUCUUUUUCUUUCUGUUUUUUUUUUUUUUGGUUUUUCUUCGUUUUUCUUUUUAAAGAGCGAGUGGCGAUUUGGGGUGGGCGCCAGCAAGGUGAGGGACUGUCGUUCUGGUAGGUCUGUCAUUUCCUGCUCUACAGACUGGACCCCAUCACUAAGUCUUUGAGAACCUAAGGUUCUCUGUCUGAAUCUCUCUGGAAGCAAGAUCAGAUUGUCCCAUUAUGGAUGGAGGAGAUGACGGUAACCUUGUCAUCAAAAAGAGGUUUGUGUCCGAGGCAGAACUAGAUGAACGGCGCAAAAGGAGACAAGAAGAAUGGGAGAAAGUUCGAAAACCUGAAGAUCCAGAAGAAUGUCCGGAAGAGGUUUAUGACCCUCGGUCUCUAUAUGAACGGCUGCAGGAGCAGAAGGACAGAAAGCAGCAGGAGUAUGAGGAGCAGUUCAAAUUCAAGAACAUGGUAAGAGGCUUAGAUGAAGAUGAGACCAACUUCCUUGAUGAGGUUUCUCGGCAGCAGGAACUAAUAGAAAAGCAGCGAAGAGAAGAAGAAUUGAAAGAACUGAAGGAAUACAGAAGUAAUCUCAACAAGGUGGGUAAUUCCACAGAAAAUAAGAAAGAAAUGGAGAAGAAACUGGCUGUGAAACCCAUAGAAACCAAGAACAAGUUCUCCCAGGCGAAGCUGUUGGCAGGAGCUGUGAAGCAUAAGAGCUCAGAGAGUGGGAACAGUGUGAAAAGACUGAAACCAGACCCUGAACCAGACGAGAAGAGCCAAGAGGCCCCAUCAUGUGUGUCUCUGGGAAGCACAUCUCUGAGCAGCCCCUCCAUCCACUGCCCCUCGGCUGCUGUGUGCAUCGGCAUCCUCCCAGGCUUGGGCGCUUACUCGGGGAGCAGCGACUCUGAGUCCAGCUCAGACAGCGAGGGCACCAUCAAUGCCACUGGCAAGAUCGUCUCCUCCAUCUUCCGAACCAAUACCUUCCUCGAGGCGCCCUAACUUCUGACCUUUCCACAGGAGGCUCCUCCCCAGAGGGUUCAGACUUUACACCACCCUCACAGAACUCCUCCACCUGCUUCCUGUGCACACCAUGGCACUUUUAACCUGACCUGAAAAUGUGCCAGAAUCCAGUUAUGGCCUGAACUGUUUGGUUUUCUUUCCACUCCAGCACAGGUGACUAGACCUGUCCACUGCCUUUCCUCACUGAUGGUUAGGGUGGGAUGAGGCCCAGAGGAGGCUCCAGCCAGCUCCCUGGGGAUAGGCUUAAUUGGCUUGCAGAAGGAGUCAUUGAGUUUUAUUGCUGUCUUGGUUUUUCCUUUCCUUUAGCAGCACAAGGAAGCAAGGGCAGUUACUGGACCUGUUUAAAUGUUCUGUUGUAGACACAUGCUGUUUGGUUCUGCUGUGUUUGGAGCAUGCGGGGAAGGAGGGCUGACUUCAACAUGGUGAAAAGCCUCUCUGGAACUAAGUCCUGACGUGUGACUCAGUAAAGAUGAUUCCUCCAUACCUGCAGGGCUGUUAGUCAACACCAGCCUUCUCUGUAAAGCUUUUUCUUGUUCUCAGCCAUGCUCUUCUCUCCACUGACCCCAGUAUAGGAAGGGACUAGUAAGAAUAAGGUAGCCAUCUUCUCAGCUUUUCUUUACCUGGCAAUUUAUCUUGUUUUUGUUCUUGAAAUAAAAGACUUGCUUUAAGAUUCUAAACAUUA